AUGCUCCGAAUCAGCCAAUAUUCUUCCGUUUCUUCGCAGCAGUCAGAACAACAAUAUGUGCCAUUAAAACAUGUGAGCGUCGAAACUUUUAUUAAAUUUUUCGCUGCCGAUGUGACUAUCAAACAAGUUUUUCGAAAUGAUGAAACAAAACCAAUCGAAGCAGUGUAUUGUUUUCCAAUAGAAGAACAAGCAGCCAUCUAUUCAUUUAUUGCUCGAAUUGAUGAUCGAGAACUCAUCGCACAAUUGAAAGAAAAAAACGAAACUCAACGAGAAUAUAGCGAUGCUCUUGAACAAGGACAUGGUGCAUAUUUACUUGAACAAGAUGAAAAAUCUCAAGAUAAUUUCAUAAUCAAUGUUGGUGCACUACCAGCUGGUAAAGAAUGUCACAUCUCUAUAUCAUAUGUCUCUGAGCUAGAUCUUGUUGAAAAUGGAAGCAGAAUUCGCUUUGUGGUUCCGACAACUAUUGCACCUCGAUACAAUCCAAAUACAGGUGAUGUCAGUUCACCAGCUGGUACAACGUCGAAAUACGUUCAAACAGCUCCAUACACAAUUGAAUUUCGUUGUCAGUUAGAACCACUGAAAUGGUUAGAAAAGCAUCCUCCACGAAAAGGUCGUGUGCGACAAAUAUUUCUGUUGACAGAUGGAGAAAUUUCAAAUGUCAACGAAGUACUCGAUCUAUGUCGUUCAAUGGCUACUUCUACACGUAUCUUUUCAUUUGGUUUGGGUCAUUCUCCAAGUCGUUCACUUGUCAAAGGUCUUGCUCGAGCAACAAAUGGAUGUUUUGUUUUUAUUCCACCUAACACUAGUGUCGAUAUUCAUGUUGGUGAACAAUUACAAAAAGCUUUGCAAUCCUGUAUAAGUGACAUACAAGUGGACUGGAAUUUGGGUACUACUGUUAUGAGUACACCAACAAGAAUACCACCAGUUUAUGCUAAUGAUCGUCUAAUUGUCUAUGCACUUGCUAAUGAUCCAAUGUUUGUCUUCCAUCAUAAUUGCAGCGUUGAAUUACAUACCAAUAAAAGUCGAUUGGGCGAGGCUUUCCCUUCAAUACCAUUUAAAUCCACUUAUGCUUGUUCUACUCUUAGUUCACAUCAACAGUCUUUGAUUGACGAAGAAAAAGAUGAAACAUGGCCUACUGAUAACCAAAAUAUUAUUCGCUACUUGAUCAGCAAACAAAAAUUUGAUGGUUCAUGGGAUUUAGAUGCGAAAGAUGUAGAACACUUGACUGGAAAACCGUUAAGAAGCUUUCCAACAUCCAACAGUAAACAAAUUCUCACUUCGGCUAUUGUUAUUGUCACACUUGAAACGCGUUUCGCUACAAUGUCGACAUUGUGGCAUGGUAUAGUUCAAAAAGCUCGCAAACAUCUUUUCAAUUUACUUGGCAAAGACGUUAAAAAACUCGAAUCGUUACUGGAGAACAUUCGUCAACAACUUUGA